CAAUAACAGCAUUCAGCAUAGCAAAACAGAAUUAAAGAUUUUGUAACCAUGGGUGUAUACGCCAGUAAAUUUAAUGAAAGUGGUGGUAGAACUCUUCUAGAAUCAACAGAUCCCUCCCAAGCAAACUGGAUUACUGCACAUGCUGAAACCUGCAAAAUGUCCAUUACAGAAGUGCAGAGAUGCUGGAGCAGAUUCAUCAUGCUAGAUCCCGACCAUAAUGGUAAUGUGAAAAGGAGCCAUUUUUUGUCUACCGAUGAAUUUGGUAAAAAGCUAUGCCAACAAAUUCCAAUAGGGAAUGAUGAGGUCAUAACAUUUCAAGCAUAUUGCAGUGCUGUGUCAUGGCUAGCCAAUUCCCCCCAAGAAAGCAAAAUCAGAGGGUUCUUCCAAACUCUAACCUCAAGUGCACUGACAGAGGAGUCUCUUAAAAUCCUGCUUUCCAAUCUAUAUCCAAGUGAAGAAUCUAAUGUUAUAGAUGAUUUAAGCCAUCUUUUACUUGUGGAAAUUGACAAAAGGAAUAAAGGAGCAAUUGAUGAAGAUCAGUUUGUGUCCUGGGUUCAUACUAUACCUCACGAGAAAGUCACAUCGUCAUUGCAAUUCCCUAUAAUACCAUUAGAAGUGAUGUCUGAGCCUGAAAAGGAGUUGUCUUCAGUUCCAACAAAUAUUAAUAUGGAAGAUAAGUGGAGAAUACGUGAUGACCAACUUCAGCAGGUGGCAUCAUUAAUGGAGAAAAGAAAAAGAGACUGGAGACUUUUAGCUAACAAUUUAGGAUUCUUAGAGAAAGACUGCGUGUUCUUUGAGCAGAAUCAUUCAGAGAUAAGAGACAAAAUCCUAGACAUGCUACAAGUGUGGAGAAAUGCCCGUGGAAAGCAGGCCCAGACAGAGGUUCUACAGAAAGCGUUGAGAAAAACGAACAAUGCUGACAUUGCCAAUGAUAUUUUCAAUCUUAAUUUUUAAACCACCUAGGAAUAAUAAAAUGUAAUGGUUGGACUGUUAUCUUCCUUAUUCACCAAUAAAUAAAAAAUGCAGAAUAAAGCAUGUUAAUAUGA